CUUCUAAGGGGGCAAACGAGGCGCUCUAAAAUUACGAUUUAUUGCAAAAAAUGUGAAAGGGCUCUUAAUGUGGGGUACGCUAGCAUGACGGACACUAAAAGGCUUUAUUAUUUUACCUCUCACUCUUAAUAAUUCAUAGACAUCCUGUAUCGAUGGUUCCACUCAACAUUGUAGUGUAAGUACGGAACGAAACCUUGUCAUGGUGACAUUGACAUAUCAAUGACAUUGACUGACUGAUGGUGUGAGUACAGAAGACCACAACACAACAAUAAUUAACAAACGAAUAUUGCUCUUAUGGUUAUUGUAAUAAAAACUGCCGACCAAUGAAAUUGUGCCCUGAGUUCGAUGCACCAACUUACUUACUGAUGUAAAGGUUAUGUUUAUGUAAAUUGCACGCUAAUUUGUAAGAAAAAUAUUUAAGAUACCAUAUUUUAAUAAAGAAUUUCAAUAUGUUGGAUAGUAGCUCUUAUUUGUAUUUGUGUAAUUUUGAUGAUCAAAGUAUUCUCACAGAUCACCAUCAAAUCAAUACAUUAUGGUCGGGAAAUUGGACUAUUGAAAAUGUAGACCUAUGUAAGGAACUUAUAUCAUCAGGAUUAGAUUCUGAACUUCAAAAAAUAAUUAAAGGGCACGAGGAUUCCUUAAAAGGUGGAGAUAAUGUACUCCAUUUGGCUAUCAACUCUAUGUUGACCUUUUGCCAUCAAAAUUGGGACCCACAUCCUCAAGAGCUCAAUUUAGAAGAAUAUCUUCAUAUGUCUUGGCCUGAGAAUAUUGAUGUUAAACAAAAACUUCAACGUGAUUCAGAGCCCCUCUAUGACAAUAUCUUAUAUCCAGAGUUGUUGUAUUUGUCUAAUCAAAUAUUUACAGCUCUAUAUUCAGUUGAACAAAAUCUUCUUCAUUUGUGGUGGUGUUUUCGAAGUAAAAUCUUACACCAAAGAGUGUUAGAAGAUAAUAGUGCAACACUUUAUUCGGAACUCGAGUUGAUAAUGGCAAAGCUAUCAAAUGAGUUUCAGAAUAUGCAAGAUAAGCCUAGACUUCAAAUAUUAUUGUGUCUUGAGAUAGCUCAGACUUUCCUUAUCUAUGGCAGAGUUCAAAAAGCUGAGGAAUAUUUAAUUAAAGCCAGAGAAAUAGCUGGUUUAAAAUUACAACUCACAGGUCUGUUAGGAAAACGCACAAAGUUCCAACAGCAAUCUCUGCCACAGUUGGCAUUAUCUACAGAGCUGGAUGAAAGUAUAGAGCGACCUACAGCUGAAGAGAGCCACGGCAACGCUAUCCUGCCUACUGAUAUUGAACUCCAAGAUGAUGUACGACUGAACAAGAUCCAUUACUCGGAGAAGAUCAGUCAAUCUGAGCUACCAAGUUUGGAACAGACCCUAUGUCUUCUGACAGUACAAUAUCUUCAAAAAUCGCAGCCGAAAGACGAUUUGAUGUUAGAAGAGCUACAGCCUUACAUAGAAGCGAUACUGACCCAGAAGAAUGGGCCGUGGUCGACUCGUGUGACCGCUCUUUUGAUCCGGUGUCGACUCGAAGCAACACACAAGCGUACAGUUGAGCGUGCGAUGCUUCAAUGCGAGGCCAUUGUUAACGACAAAACGGGCGUUUCACCUACUGACAGGUUGUCGUACCUAUGGGCUACGGGUUUGCCGCCAGCUUGGACGUGGCGGCAGCAGUUAGGGGACUUGUACCUCAGCAUGGGGCUGGUGAAGGCAGCGCUGGAAGAAUACCAGCGGCUGCAACUGUGGGAGGACAUUAUAGUGUGCUAUACGAUGCUGCAGCUGCGACACAAGGCUGCUGAAAUAAUACAGCAACAGAUCGACAUAAAGCCCACAGUCAAGCUGUACUGCCUCCUAGGGGACGCCACAGAUGAUAUAACCUGUUACGAGAAAGCAUGGGAGUUCUCCAAUCACAAAAGCAGCCGCGCCCAAAGGCACUGGGGGAACUUUUUAUUCGACCACAAGAAGUACGAGGAGUGCAUACCACAUUACGAGCAGUCGGUUGAAAUCAACUCUAUACAGGAGAGCGUAUGGCUGAGACUGGGAUUCGCUGCUUUGAAAGCGGAGAAGUGGGAGACUUCUGCGAAAGCUUACCGCCGUUAUACUUACCUACAGCCUAAUUCUUUCGAGGCGUGGAACAACCUCGCAAAGGUGUACGUUAAUCAAGGAGACAAGAACAGGGCCUACAGGGCGCUUAUGGAGUCUUUACGAUUCAACUACGAUAACUGGAAGCUAUGGGAGAACGUGAUAACCGUAAGCAUGGACACGGGGCACUUCGACGACGUGAUCCGCGGCUGCCACCGAAUUAUCGACCUUCGGAACAAAUUCGACGAUGUGGAGCUGUUGUCGUUACUAGUGAGGGCCGUCGUGCAAGACCAUAAAGACGCAGAGGGAAAUAGUACAGCAAGACUCAGAAAACGAGUGCUGGAGUUAUUUGGUAGAAUCACUGCGUUGACGCAGAACAAACCAGAAAUAUGGCAGCUGUAUUCAGAUUUAAGUCCGACGCCGUUAUUGAAAGCUCAACGCCUUCUGAAGGCUUACCGUGGCUAUACGCAGGACGGCAACUGGUCGAAUAGUCCCGAAACGUGCAAACAAGUGAUCGAGCUAGCACAGAAUCUCCUAGAGCUCAGUUUGAAGGCACGACAAGAGGCCGAAGAGAAGGAGAUCUCCCAAUGCGACCAACAGUUGUCUUCCGCGCGCCUCACGGGGCAGGCGGUGCUGCGUCGCGCGGAGAAACAAGCCUGGCCCGGCACUGAAGAUAUGAUACAACAUCUAACAGAAAUAUUCGAUACUGUCACUGAAUAUAUCAAAUCUAACGUGUAAUGAGUUGGUUUUAUUUCAUCCCGUUUUCUAACUUAUAAUAACAAAAUUACUGUGUGAGAAGAAAUAAGAAGUGUAUGCAGUAGACAAACUUGCUAUAACUACCCUCAUCUUGUCAUACCACAAUGCGAUCAGCAGUUGUCUUCCGCACGCCUCACGAGGCAGGCGGUGCUGCGUCGCGCCGAGAAACAACCCUGGCCCGGCACUGAAGAUUUGAUACAACGUCUAACAGAAAUAUUCGAUAUUGUUACUGAAUAUAUCAAAUUUAACGUGUAUCUAAUGAGUUGGUUUUAUUAUAUCCUGAAUUCUUACUUAUAAUAACAUAAUUACUGAGUGACAAUAAAAUAAUUCCUCAAACCACUCACACACUUGAGACCCCGUGAGCUCUAAUGGCAGGGCCACACA